CCUUUCACAUCUCUACCAUCAGGCUCCACAAAUAAGAAAAAAAAGGAUGCAUAUGCCACUGAGGAACCAUGGCAUUCGCUAACCAUGGCACUGGCUAAGAUUGUAAGAUCUGAUAUAUUGAAAAUGUCUUAAAUUAAGAUACUAUUACAAAUUAAUACAAUAUUCCAUCAACUGCGAUCAGGUGAACUGCGAGAAGGGAGUUCGAUUUCCACAAAAACCAACAUUUAUGACUCCAGUACAUUCCGAGUUAUUUCAGCAUGCUGUUAACAUGCUUACGGAGUAUCAAGCCCAGGAUGACCAGCAAAAAGACAUUACACUGGUGAAAGAUGCUCAGGUUGCAAUGAGCUGUGUGUUUAAUACAUUGUCAGAGAGAGCAUGCGACCACUUCAGUGUUUAUGAGGAUGGAUCUACUGUAGCGGAUGCUGUGGAACAGAGUCUUAUUAAUGGAUUUACCCAACAUCCUUGCAAAGAUAUCCUUUUAAAAUACAUUCCAAUUCUUGAAGAAAUGAAUGUUGAGGGAUUUCAAAGAAAACUUAAAAAAGACUUAGGUUCACUGCAAGAAAAGUAUACUGACCCACCAUUGCCAUCUGUGAUAAUAGAAGAUAAAACGCUGGAGAUUUUAAUUUUGCUUUGCAAAUCUAUCAUUCGCCCCCACUUUGGCACUGCUUCUCCAUCAGAGAUGGAUUGCUUACAUCUUUGGGUUUCAGUAUUUUCAGCCAUAGCAGAUCAAGUCACCCUCCAUACAGGGGAGAAAGCCCUCGAAGCCUCAAAGUCGAUGCGACGAAUGCAAUCUUCCGAGUAUGGGGAUGUGAGUGAUACAGGACGGAAGGUCGAUUGCAUCUUUAUGUAUAAAGGCAUUGAGUUGUCAAACAUAGAGUUUAAAUGUCCCAAUAUAUGCCCCCAGGAUAUUGCAAUUCAGAAUCGAAAGAAUGUCCGGCUAGCAAGGUGUAUUCAAGAAGCACAUCUGGCGAUAGGCGUCUCAUCCCCAUCAAUUCUAAUGGCUGAUGUUUCUGGUAUGAUAUUUGAAAUAAUGAAUAUUUCACUCAGUAGGCCACUAAUAGCCUUAUUAACAUGGUGUUCCUAUAUCAGGGUUUGGAGGUAUAUUUUAUCAAGUUCAGCCAAUGGGCAACAUUGCAAUUGCUGGGAUGACUACUCCCGAGGCAGUCCAACUACCUAAGAACAAAGUUGAGCUUCUAAUGUUUCUUGAAGACAACUCAUUGCCAAUAAUAUGGAAUUAUAUUGUAAGUGAGAUGUUCUUAUGCUCCUAUGUCCUAGUUUUCAUUGGUUAUUCUAAUGAUCCGACUACUGAUGCAAAACAAUCAAAGGAGCACCUGGAAAAACAAGCCCUCAAUGUAUUGGCAGCGAA